UUAAGAUGAGGUCAUGAAGAAGUGAAAUAAAAAGAUAAUUGAUUAAACAGACAGAAUCACUAGACAGAACCAUUGAUUUAUUAUAAAAUUUACAAAAAGGAAAGCAUAUACUAAAAAACAACAUUGCAAUAUCAUAGGAGAGUACACCAAGCGGUGUAAACAAUCAGGUAAAAUGAUGAUUCAGCUUAUGGUCAUAAGUGUCUUGCUAUUUGGACAGUGUUUUGCAGACAUUUAUCUACAUAUUCCUAGAGGGUCAAAUAACAGAUUGAAUGAAAAAACUGGUAAUAGGAAAAAUGCAAACAGGGUGUUUGAUUCACAGAACAAUGACAAAGGAGGUUAUAAUGUUGGAGACAAGGGAGAAAAUCCAUCUAACAAUGAAGGAGAACAGUACAGGAUGAAAUAUUUCCAAAGUGGUCCAUUUAAAAGUUUAAAUAAUGAUGCAGGGAAGAGUAACCUGGAGCUUGAAUGGACAAAUCAGCAUGGGUGUGGAGGCAAUGAAGAUACCAAUCCACAGAAACAGAAUUGUCACAUGAUCUUACAGUAUAUGUGUCAGGAUGAUGUGAACACUCCAACAGGCACCGCUGAUACCCUUCGAAAUGGACAGAGAACUGAAACACAAGCAUAUAACAGACCACAAAGUUUGACAGAAACUCAACAACAAACAACCGCUCGUAAAAAUAAUGCUGUCCAACAAGAGGAAGUUAUCCAGGAACCUUGGGAAUGGUAUGACAAAUGCUUUGUCAGGGAACGCAAUAGAGGGCUAUUUACUGCUGAUCAAAAGUUAAAAAGUAACAAUGGCUUGGGCACUAGUAGUGCCAUUUACACAAGACAGAAUCCUAAUGGUAACCGUUAUGGCUAUGAAUGUCCAGAAGAAAGGGAUUAUUUUCCCUACUGGCACCCUACUCCAUGGAAAGAUAUUGCAGUACUUGCAGAAAAUGCAUCCAUGUGCAGUUAUCACAGGUCAAACAGUUUUAAUACACAAAUGUACCAUGAAUGUGUAGAAUUUUACACACCUGGAGGCGCCAGACGUCCUUAUUCAAAAUGGAAUAAUCAAGCACAAUGUACACAGAAUGGUGGACAAUGGGUACAAUUCAGCAACUUUCUAGAAAAGGCACCUGCAUAUACUACCGAGACCACAUGUACAGCACAGAGCAAAGGUGGACUGACCUAUAGAUGGGCUGUACCAUAUGAUGCUACCGAUGUUACGAAGAAAGAAUGUUUAGUUCGACUGGACCAACCAGAUUGUAAAGAAGCACAAUAUUCUAGGUCUAACCAUCUGGGUAAUGGAGCAAAUGGUAGAGCUAAUAGUUAUAUAUGGACAUUGCCUUAUUUUCCUUCAGGAAAUGCCAAAAGAUGUGUUUUCAGAAUGAGGUACAACAUAUCAACAGAUGAUUAUGAUCCAUAUUUCACAGAUUCCUCCUUAAAUCAACAAUCAAAUCCAUUGGUACAAUCCAUUAUAGAGCAGGAUCCUUAUAUAGACAUGGGAGGCAGAACUGCAUUACGUAUGAACAUCAACACUGAUCAGACUGGCAGAAUAUUUCAGGACAGAAGUCAUGUAUUUCUCAUGUCACCAAGAGCUGGUGCCAUAUCUCAGACAGAUAAAAUAUAUAAUUUGAAUGUACGAGGAAAACGUGGUAACAUAGUACAGACUUACCCUGCUGUAGAGUAUGACUUCCAUCCAAACACAUUAAAUAUCAAACCUUCAGAUCUGGUUCAUAUUCAAUGGACAGGCUCUAAUACACAUAAUAACAAUAACCCAGCUGGUGAUGGACAGGCUGGAGAUGAAGGUCAAGGCAAAGAUGGAUCUGACAGGAGUAAUAUUGUGGAAAUAAAAAAUCUGAAUGACAAUUUCCCAUUACCAUAUGAGAGUACCACCAUGUGGUCUGCUGCUGACGUCAAAUGGAUCUAUUCUGGUUCCACCGCUGUAUCUCCUAAGGACCUGGCUGUUAUCAUGUCAUCAUCAGGAUAUUAUAAAUCAGUCAAUGAAGCUAAAACUAAGGCUGCCAUGAACCCAUUACUAAACAAUGCACCAGCUUCAUUUGAAGGAGCAGUUCUUAAAUUUAACAGAGGAACAUAUCACUAUAUGAGCACAAGAAAUAAUAACUUCAGUAACAGAAGUCAAAAGUCAACUCUCAUAGUGUCGUAAAACAUUCUUGCCUAUUGUUAUGGUCGUAUUGUAUUUUAAAUUUCAAUAUUUAUUCAGUCAUUUGCAGCAUAUCAUGUGGUCUUUUCUCUUGGAAGGAGUUAAAUCAAAAAUCAUAAUUUGCACAAACUAAGAAAUAGUACUCAAAACAUAUUUUCUUGUACAGCCCUUUAUUCAAAAUGUUCCUUUGGGAUUCAGAAUUUUAUUUGAGGAACACUUCCCAAUUUUUUACAUUUUGUAUAUUUUUAUAUUUGUUUGUAUUAUUAAGCAACACUUCACUAUUAACUUUUACCUCAACAUGAUUCAUAAACAUUCCUGUAUACCUUAGACCUUUUUAUUUUUUUUAUUUGUAACUUUGUUUGAUGAUCAGUUAACAUAGUUGUUAAAGGAUAUUAAAUUUACCAACAAUUAUAUACUGAGGCUAAUACAAAACACUUACAUUAAAUUUUGCUGUUGUUAAACAUUCCAAAUGCAUAAUUAAUUAUUUAAUAAGGGUUUUGACAGCAAUUCUUCAACUAUGUUUAGUUAAUUUUAAUGACAAUUCUCAACAUUUUAUUAUACACAUUUAAUUCAACAUUUUCAGAUAAAAUAGAAAAUAAAAUUUUAUAACAAAUAUUUAAGAUUUAAAGAAAUAAUCAGUGAUUAAAAGGAAAACAAUUUUGGUUUAUAUCAAAACUCUGGCAGAAUUAUGAACAUUUAACAGUGGCAAGUAAGAAGUAUAUUAAAGCACUUUUAAUGAAAAUUUGCAUACAACCUAUUUUUCACCUAGUCAAUUCAAAUAUGUAAUAAAAAAUAUACCUUCAUAUGCUACAUUUAGAGAUAAAUGGGGUCGAAAUUUUAGAGAUUUACUCAAAAUUUCGGUUUCUUGGACAUUUCUAUCCUAUGGACAGACAUACUUAACUUUUUUGUUUCAAAAAUAAACACAUGAGGAUUUCUGUAAAAAGAUUUGGAACAUCUUCUUUACAAAAAUAUGCUCUAAAUUUGUGUAACUAUUCUUUGGAAAUGAUUCAUUUUUAUUAAAUUUUCAUGAUUCUAGAAAAAACACCAUUUUUUGUUGUACAUUUUUCUAAUUUAAAAAAAGAUUCACCAGUGAUUUCUCCAUAAAAAUUGGAACAAAUAAUCUUCAUACAUAAUCAAGCCAAAUGUCAUUUCAAAAACAGGGGUCAAUUUACUCGUUUACAAUUUAAUGAUUAAAAUCAAUUGCAAAAUGCAUGUUUUCCCAAUAUGUCACAGUUUGAUGUCGUGAAAAAUAACAUUUUACGUUAGCAUUAUCAUUACUUCCCCUGUAACUGUAUCAUAUGCCCUUAAAAGAACUAAGUGUCUAAGGUAAUUCAUAAUCAUGAUAUGAAAUUGUGUGAUUUUCAUUUUCAUUAUGCCAGUCUUUCAAUGAACAGCAACACAAAAUAUGCAAAUGCUGGUCAUUUAACGAUUUAUUUCAUCUCAAAUUAUUACCAUUAUAUGAUAACCAACAUGAUCUUGAGGUCUUUUAUUAAAUUACUUAUAGUUUUGAAUAGAUUAUAAUAUUUUGUACAAUUUAUUUGAAGCAUUUGACCAAAUCAAUACAUAUCAGAGAUAUACCAAAUAUGAGAUUAUUUUAUAUACAUAUGUUGUAUUUUUGUGGGAUAAAACUUUAUUACCAAAAUUAAUAUAAAUGAUAAUAUUUUUAAGAUAAGAUGUCCGCUUUACAGUUCACUAGUCUAUAGAAAUUUGACAAGAGUCAAUACAAAAUUAAUUAUUUGUGGUUAAAUAAAAUGGCAUAUGCCAUACAAUUAAAAAUGUAAUAACAACUCUUUAAUGCCUAAUACAAAAUAUUCUUUAUUUAUGAAAUUAAAACAACAGUAAAACUGAAUUCUGCAAUACUUCAGGUAAUUUGUAUUUUGUUGAAGUAUAGUAAACUUACUGUUCGGUGUGAGCCAAGGCUCCAUGUUGAAGGCCGUACUUGAUCUAUAAUUGUUUACUUUUUACACAUUGUGACUUGGAUGGAGAGUUGUCUCAUUGGCACUCAUACCACAUCUUCUUAUUUCUAGUUAUUAGGUUUCUAAGGAUUUAAAAAUUUGUAUGCAUAUGAAUUAAAAUUUAAAUUUCAAUAUUGGAUUCUUACAUUGACUUAUGUCCUGACUAAAGCUUGGUGUUGACUCAAUCAUUAACAGUAUAUUCAAAGAAAGACAACAGAAAUUUAUAUGUAGAUUUUAGUUCCCUGUUUACAUCAUGUAAAGUAUUCACUCCAAAAUAAAAACUAUUUUAAUAACAACUUCGGCAUUUUGUUAAAACAUUUAAUUGGCUCUGAAAAGUAAUAUUUUGUAAUGAUUUAUUUGAUUUAAAUUUAGAUCAAAUAUAAUUUUGUAAUACUUUUGCAUACUUGAUAUUUUCAUUUUACAAGGAAACCUCAGCAAUUUUUAAGUUGCAAUUUACUGAAUGUUUUUUUGUUGUCUGCUGGUACAGACAAUUAUGUCUUAUUUGUUAUUAUUUGUUUGUAAUUAAAAUACAUAUCUAUCUAAAA